UGAAUACUCCAUAUCUAUAUCCGGUAAAAUGUCUGCGCCCUUUCCGCUGAAUUUCUUAUUAGACGGUUUACAAUUUUUCGACGAAUCAACGUUGUGUCAGUUUUAUUAGAAUGUUAAGCCAAUGAACAGUGAAUUUAUUGAACCUGAUUCGCCGAAAAUAAUCGAUAAUAAACACGGAAGAAUUGUGACAUGUAAGAUAAGAUCCCCAUGACAUAACUUCGUCAUAAGUGAUGCAUGUUUGUGCUAUAUUUCGCUUUAACUGGAAUUUAGAGAUGGAAAUCAAUUAUGAGCAGGUUUAAGAGGAGGAAGACGUCAAUGGGAUCUUCCGGGCUUUCAACGAUUGACAUAACAUCAAAUUUACAUAGGUAUGGAGACUGCAUUCUCCAUUGUAAUGUCUACAUCUCCAGGGGAAUUCACGAACUAGACAAUGAUAUCGUUUUGCGAUAUGCCUGUGCCAUUGCGAACAGUGGAGGUGGAAUUCUCCACAUGCAGAAUGUGGAUUACAAGAGUGGUGUAUGUUCCAAAGACUUGGAUACUUGGUGGAGCGGAAUGGAAAUCAAACUGGCCGCCAUGAUCUCAUCUGAUGACAUCUGUAACUAUUUCGACAUGGUGGGGAAUUACGAUGACGAUGAUCUUUAUCUUUUUGUGAAAACGUCUGAGCACAUUUGUACCAUCAACUACCACUCGCGGCUACCAACUGACACGGCUACUCAUGAAGUCAGUUACCAGUCGGUAAUAAAGUUACUACAGAAGGAAGGACCUGAAAAGCCACUAGCUGCUCUUCCUCAUGUACCUACGGAUUACUAUUAUGGAAUAACCCAUGAGUGUCUCAAGCAAGAAACAAAACAAAUUCAAUUCAAACAGCUUUCUGGAAGAAAUUCCAGAGAUGGAAAGGGCAUUCCUGAGAAAAUAAAAUCUUUGGUAUCCAAGUACGUAUCUGCGUUUGCGAACCAUGAAGGGGGACACAUUUAUUUUGGGAUUGACGAUGACCAAGCUGCAGUUUAUGGGGAAGAUAUGAGUUAUCAGGACCAGGAGAGAACUGCAAAACUGGUCCAGUUGAGAAUGGACGUGAUAAUUUGGGGGAGUUCCACAUUUAGCGCCCAGAGAGGGGUACACUGGGAUAUCCAGUUCUUUCCUGUCCAGGAUGUGCCUCCUAGAAAGAAUCCUAGGUUUGUGGUGGUGGUAUCAGUAUGUAAGUUUCCUGGGGGUGUGUUCACGGCUACGCCAGAUAGUUACUAUGUCAACACUUGUAACCAGGAAGUGAAGUGCUGGUCCUUCGACCAAUGGAGGAAAGCAAUGCUCAAUCCUUUCAGAGAUAAGCCAGAGCUACACGGCCGGUUUGUCAAGCUUCCCCUGAUGGUGCCCCAGGCUCCGCUGGUAUUCUCUCUAAAACAUACCAUCAACAGCAUAAAAUCCAAAUUGUUGACCGAGAAAUCGAUGAAGCUACCACAGCCGCGCCACUUUCUGUCCUUUAUCAACCACCGGGACACGAGGGACCUCAUCUGCUCUGUGGUUGACCACUUCCCGGCGGGCCAACAUCUGUCCCUGUUUGUCAACUGCUGGGGGCUCUCUGUUCCUUCUGCCCCAAUUCCCAAGGUCAUCUGUGAUUUGUUUGUGGUUAGUGAGUCCAGUGGGUGUCACUUAAUCACUUUCGCCAACUCAGAGUCCAGUUCUAUAUGGACACAUGCCCAGGAUGUGGCCGCACAUCUCAAAUACAAGAUGGUGGCACUUGGGGGCUGCGUUGCAAAGUUUGGCAUUGCUACACAUAUCAUCAAUGUUAAGAACUUCACAGAAGUUAAGCAUGAUUUGGACUGCAAAUUUUAUCCCUCUCAUUUCGACAUGACAUCAGAGAAAUUUGAUGAGGUCAUUAAUUCCCUAAUAGUGAUAAUGGCAGCAUAUCAGCCAGUAGAUUUUACAACGCUUAACUCCAAAGAUAUGUCAAACAUUUUGUCUUGCGACACACAUUUUUUUAUGCUCACAUGCGAUCAGUUUGAGCUGCUUUUCAGGCGUCAGUUUACCUAGGAAUUAUGGGUACAUAGUCCACCUGGUGCAGGAAAAACUGUGGCCGCAGUACAGUUUGUGCAGGAGUUAAAGCGGCGUGGAUGUCAGAGUUCAGAAAUUCUUUAUCUGGCUGAAAACAAGCUGCUUUGUUCUUAUGUUGGAUCUUUCAACAUCUGUCGGGUGGCAACACGCCUUGAAUUCUUACAAUCCGAUAAAGAUUCUUACAGCAGUGUUAGAAACGUCAUAGUGGAUGAGGCCCAGAAUUUCAAAGACAGAGACGGUGAUUGGUACAGUGCUGCCGAGCGUUUGACCAAACCACGGGAAAACUCGCAAGUACAAGCAUGCACGGACAAGAAUCUGACAGCUAUAAAUUCUGAUCUCAGUUUAUUAGAGAGACAUGGUUUCUUCUGGGUGUUCAUGGACUACUCACAGAAAGUUCACAAGUUCAGUGCCGGUCUUCCAUCCAUCAUUGGUAAAAACAACUUCAUGAUGAGCGAGAUCACUCGUAAUUCUAAAGAAAUCUUUGAGUAUGCCAUGCAUUUCAUGAACGACUCCCCGGAAGGCCAAAAAGUGCAAUUACCAGAUGAUAUGGCGGGGUUACGUGGGGAUGUGGAAGUUUCACCUCACCUUGGACACAACUACAAGUCUGGACAGUCCGUCGAAAUCCUGAAAUGUGAUAAGGAACACUUGAAAGAAAAACUCUUCCAAGUUUUAUCGGGCAUUAUUGAUAGUGGAGUCAGUGUUGAUGAUUUGGCUGUUCUUGUUGGUAGCAAACAGGAUAAGCCGGAAGUCACUGCUAAUGUGAAACCCUUGUCGCAGAAGAUAGAAUGCGGCCUGGAGGUAGACACUGUGAAAGAAUUCAGUGGAUUGGAUCGAGGAACUAUUAUAGGGGUGGAUCCAAAAGUGAACUCUGAGCAUGCUGACCUUAAUAAGUUCAUUCUGAGUUUAGCGACCCGUGCAAGAGAUAAGCUUGUCAUUAUUUCUACCUCUGAUGACAUUCAGCAGAAAUUGGCCACUAAAGUCUGAAAAUGCCAAAGAGGAUACUUCCACUUGAUAAACUUGAUUGUAUGUAUGUGUGGGAUGCAUAUUUUAUUUCCAUUUACAGAAUGUUUUGAUAUUCAAAUUAAAAAACAUUUUUUUUAAAUAUUCAGAAAUCUUCUUCUAAAAAUUAUACAGUUAUUACCAUAAUUAUCGAAAGAUUUAGUCUUAUCUGAAAUUAAUUAUCAAGUUUAUACAUGAAUUAUUCUGCACCUUUUUCUGUGUAAAAUAAUUUUUUUUUAAAAUGAUUUUUAAGUUUUCUUUAAAUCAGUGUUUCUCAGGUACCAAUACACCAUCUUUGCAGGUUAAUUAAUUUUAUUGGAGCAAUUUAUAAAUCUCUUUGGUAUGUUGCAUAAGAUAUGCCCAAAACAACAAAAGUAAAAUCCCAUUGAUAAAUCGUGUUUAAAAAUAAAGUGCUCUGUUACAUUUUUUUGCUCAGGAAUACAAGUUGUUUAAAUUGUUAUUUUAAUUUUCCAAAUGUUAAAAUUGCAACAAAGUUAUAUCAACUGAUUAUCUUGAUGGCAUUUUAUUUGUAAUAUUCAAAUUUUGUGACUGUAAUUUAAUAUAAAUUUUAUAUUGUUUUUACAUUUUUACACUGUUUACAUUUAUAGGUGUAUUUUGAUGAAUAAAAUAUUUUACAGAU